GAAUGAACUUAUUAAAAACACUUUUCAACCACUUAAAUUCUCUAAGAACAUCACAGCCCCAACACCAAUUUUUCUUGUGUUCUUUCCAUGUGUCAACUUUUUGGGAAUCAUUUUAUCUCAUUUUAGAAUUCCGAAAGUGACCAUAAUGAUUUAACACAAGGAAAAAGGAAAACGAAACAAAACCCGUGUUAUCCCACUAUUACUUUUUGUUGUUGGCCCUUAUUCUCAAUAAAUACAACUCAAACGUCAAUCCAAGUGGAAAAUAUAACACUAGCUCCCCAAAACCUCUGCUCAAAAAACCCUCCAGGAAAAAAACUCCAUCAGUCAACAAAAUGGCAACUCAACAUAAAUUUAGUUUUUUGAUGAAAUUAAUGAUCUUGGCUCUAGUUUUUCAGUGUUCAAUCUCGGCUACCGACAAGGAUAAACAAGAAUGUGAAUCUUCGUUAGUCGGGCUUGCUACUUGUUUGCCUUACGUUGGGGGAAAUGCAAAAGCUCCAACUCCAGAUUGUUGCAAUGGAUUGAAAGGAGUUUUGAAGACAAACAAGAAGUGUUUGUGUUUGGUCAUUAAAGAUCGAAAUGAUCCCGAUUUAGGGCUCAGUAUCAAUGUUACGCUUGCUUUAGGCCUUCCAGCUGUUUGUAAUGCCCCUGCCAAUGUUUCCCAAUGCCCUGCGCUUCUUCACAUGGACCCCAAUUCGCCGGAUGCACAAGUUUUCUUUCCAGGUGGUCAUUCAUCCAGCAGUAGUAUUUCCGGUAGUCCAGCCGGUAGUCCUAUUCCAGGUAAAAGAAUCGAUUUAUAGCCUCAGGAUUUGUUGGGAUUUUGCGUUGAAACAUUAGAUUCCACGUACUCUUGUAUAUACCCUGAUUUUUAGUUGGAUAAAUGCCAUGUGAUUAUACUCUCUGUCCAAAAUUAGUGUCAUGUUUAUUGUGUUAUUAUUUUCUCUGUUGUCCAAAAAAAAAACAAAAAAUAGUGUGGAAUUUUAAAAUUUGUACUAAAUUCAAUGUGAUUUUUUUUUUUUUUACAAAGAGAGUACUAUAAUUUAACAUUAUAAAUAUUUUGGGAGAGGAAAUACUAUUUGUUGUUAAAAUCUGAAUGUUUUACAAAAUAUUGGUGUUUGGACUACUCUUUUUUUAAAAAUAAAAAAUAAAAAUUAUCGUACUAAUAAUUGUUGCAGGUCCUACAAGUUCCCCCGGACAAGCGGCUGCAAGUGCUCCAGGACCAAAUGCUCAAUCAAAAAGUGGUUCAAGUCGCAUUUUAAUGCCGUGGUUUGGAACUGGAUUGGGAGCUGUUCUUACAGUUUUUUCUUUGUGGACUUCCACUAUGUAAAAUUGUAAACUUAAUUUGAUCACAUAAUUAGACUUAUUGGGGAAAAAAUGAAAUGAUUGUUUUGUUUGUCUCGAGUGCGAGUUCUUUUUAAUAUUAUAUUUUGUACUAAUAUAAUAAUUUAUUUUUUAAUUAAGAUUUUAUCAGUUUAACGAUGAUUGUCGAAUUUGAGAGUUUUUGAAAUUUAUUGUCACACUCGAGUCAUGAUCUCUAACCAAUAAAAUGUUGCACAAUACAUAUAACUCCAUUCGGGAUGUCGAUUAACAGGGUUGUUGUCCCGAUCGACCUUUUUUUGCUAUUGAACCAUUAGUUCUACUUUUGGAAGCGUUCAAGUUCCGAUGUUAAUAUGACUCAAUCC